UUGCUUACAGUUGAUGUGUUUAAGGUAUAAAACGUUAUAGCAGAAGAUAUCAUCAAUUAUAACAUAUUCGAUCUUUCAACGGACAGUUCGUGUCAGUCUGGGCUAGUGCUCGGUCAAUAGGGUUGCGGAGUUUUGUUUGGUUUUGGGGAAAAUGAAGACAUUUGUAGCAGUCAUUGCUCUAAUCGCAGCUGCGGCAGCAGAUGCAUCAGUUCAGCAACCAAGCUUGGUUCUCGAACCUCCGGUUGAAGAUCAAACAACAAAACACUCCAGUGCUGUGUGGACAGAGGAUAACUCAUUGGCGUCAGAAGAAAAUGAAGAGCAGGCGAUCGAGUAUGUUCACCAAGAAUCAUAUUAUGCCCCAGUGACUCAUGAAAAUGCCUUCAGUGACUCAUGUCAUCAAGAUUAUCAGCAAGAAAAUCAGCAAUACUACUAUCAAGGUCAGUCGUACCUGCCUGAACCUACCCACUACAGCACGAACGACGUUUCACCUGCCGUUGCUGUAGAUGUAACUCAUCCUAAUUGGGCCACUUCAUACUCCAACAUCGGCCGUUACAACUCUGAAUGGUCUGCCACCCCGAUCACGGUUGCCGCGGACCAGUAUGAACACGCUGCCCCAGUCCUCGCCGUUCCAGCUCCAUUUUCCAAACCCACCCAAGCCCAAAACUCCGCUCCGGUGACCGACUAUAGCCACAAUGCAGCCAAAUGGAACACUUGGAGCAAUCAGCCUACCCGUGACAUCACCAAGGUCCCAGAGACGGUCGCCAAGUACAUUGCCAUCACUCCCGGAUCGGUGCAUAUCGCCCCACUGCCAGGACACACCGUUUCGCACAAGGCCAUAAAUGUGGCCCCCGCUGCCAGCUGGUGACAAUAUCGAAUGUGUCGGUGUGAAUGAAAUACGUCAUGCUACGAAUUGUUGACUAGUUGUAAUAAAUCAAGACUGUUCGGUUGGAAAGUGAA